AUGCUCGCUCCGUUAUACAAGCUAUUAAAGGUGGGAUCGAAAUAUGAUUGGAGUAGCCAAUGUCACAGUGCAUUCCAAGAAGUAAAGAAGGUGCUGGCGAGCAGUGAAGUCUUGAUGCACUACUCGGCCGAGUUACCGUUAGUGUUGACGGCAGACGCUAGCGGUGUGGGGGUGGGCGCCGUGCUGUCGCAAGUGACGGCGGCCGGCGAGCGGCCCGUCGCAUACGCCUCGCGCUCGCUCACAUCGGCUGAACGUAAUUAUUCUCAAAUUGAUAGGGAGGCGUUAGCUAUUAUUUACGGAAUACGCAAAUAUCACCAGUACUUGUACGGAAGGAAGUUUAUACUGAGAACGGAUCAUAAACCCCUAACAUAUAUAUUUGGUGACAAAGUUGGUAUACCAGUUAUGUCAGCCUCUAGAUUGCAACGUUGGGCCGUUCUGUUAUCGGGGUACAAUUAUGAUAUUGAAUACGUGUCGUCCAAAAAGAAUUGCGCCGACGCAUUAUCGCGCUUGCCGUCUAAAGUUACUAACGAUAGCGCAGUUAAAGAAGUAACGUAUGUCAAUUUUGUUGAGAACUUUUUACCGAUAACAAACUAUGACGUCAGCAAGGCCACCUUUAAGGAUGUAAGAUUAAGUAAAAUUAAGGUUUAUAUAGAAUCUGGCUGGCCACAUUUUUGUAACGAUGAUGAUCUCAAACCAUUUUUCAUCAGGCGAAAUGAAUUAUAUAUUGAAGGCGGCUGUAUUAUGUGGGGCUAUCGCAUGAUUAUACCUCAGUCUUUGAGACAAAUAAUAUUGAAACAGUUGCACAGUAGUCAUAUGGGUAUAGUUAAGACGAAGAGCUGGGCCAGGAGUUAUGUAUGGUGGCCGCGCAUUGAUGACGAUGUGGAGACUAUGUGUCGUAGCUGUGAGACGUGUGCGCUGGAGGCGGAUGCGCCGCCUCACUCCGUACCUCAACAUUGGCCUUAUUUACCUCAACCGUGGACACGGUUACACAUAGAUUUUCUAGGGCCUUUAAAGGGUAAAACCUUUCUAAUAUUAGUGGAUUCGACAUCUAAAUGGCUUGAGGCUUUUGAAACAAAACACACCAAUGCGUCAGCUAUUAUAAAAAUCCUUCGAACAACUUUUGCACGAUUCGGUCUUCCUGCGGAACUAGUUUCGGAUCAAGGUCCGCCGUUCACCAGUAGAGAAUUUUCUGAGUUUCUAAAACUUAAUGGAAUUAAGCAAUCUUUUUCGCCAGUUUACCAUCCAUCUUCUAAUGGUGCUGCGGAAAACGCCGUCAAGUUAUGUAAGCGUGCUAUUAAAAAAGCGCAUAGGGAUAAAGUCGAUAUAGACGCCGCAUUACAAACUUUUCUUCUUACUUACAGGAAUACUAUCCAUAGCACUACAGGGGAGACCCCUGCAAUGAUAUUACAAAAACGUAGAUUACGUUCACGUUUUGAUUUAUUAAGAAACGAUCGAGCUAUAAUAGAUAGAAUACGCGUUGCACAGGAUAGGCAGGCUCAAAACGCGGGUGGCGUAAGACGCCUCUUUGAACAAGGAGAUAUGGUUUGGGCAAGGGGCUAUGGUCAACAAGAUAAGUGGGUUAAAGGUCAGGUCCAUGGCAGGGAAGGUUCUCGAAGGUAUAUCGUGGAGGGGGAUGGCGGUCAAUUUAUAAAGCGGCAUGUGGAUCAAAUACGUCAUAGGUCACGUUUUUCUGAUGUUACUUGUCCUGAUAUUGGGCCUGGUGACUCGGCGGCGAGUGUGGGUGAAAAUGCCAUGUCAUCGCUGGGGGAUGAGGUGGUGGAUGAGAGUAGAGAUGACUUUAGCCAACAACAUAAAGAACCGGUUGACUUUCCACUUCAGGCUAAAGAUAAUGGCAUCGAACCUUUAGUGCGCGACGAUAGCGCCAAUAACAAGUCUCCUACUCUCUGUUCACCACUUCCAGGAGCGUCUGAAUUACGGCCAAAACGAGAGCGCAAACCAGUAGUCAGAUAUGGUUUCGAAUUUGAUUAG